AUGGUGAGACUUGUGCUGCCCAACCAGGGCCUGGAGGACCGCAUCCCGUCCCUAGGGGAGCUGGAGACCAUCGAGGCCACGGAGGCCUCGUCCCGGCCCAAGUGGGACAACAAGGCCCAGUACAUGCUCACCUGUGUGGGCUUCUGCGUGGGCCUGGGCAACGUGUGGCGUUUCCCUUACCUGUGCCAGAGCCACGGAGGAGGUAGGGCCUGGGGCUUGGAGCUGGGACAUAAGGGCAAGAGGGAGAAGGAAGGUCACUGGAGGCCCUGCUAUGUUGAGGAGUGCGCCAGGAGCUCAUCCGUGGACUACUACUGGUACCGAGAGACUCUCAACAUCUCCACAUCCAUUGACGAGUCAGGCUCCAUCCAAUGGUGGAUCCUGCUCUGCUUGACAUGUGCCUGGAGUGUGCUCUAUGUGUGCACAAUCCGUGGCAUUGAGACCACAGGGAAGGCUGUGUACAUCACAUCCACGCUUCCAUACGUCGUCUUGACCAUCUUCCUCAUCAGAGGCUUGACCUUGAAGGGAGCCACCAAUGGCAUCGUCUUCCUCUUCACACCAAACGUCACAGAGCUGGCCAACCCAGUCACCUGGUUGGAUGCGGGGGCCCAGGUGUUCUAUUCCUUCUCCCUGGCCUUUGGGGGCCUCAUCUCCUUCUCCAGCUACAACUCUGUACACAACAACUGCGAGAUGGACUCGGUGAUCGUGUCCGUCAUCAACGGCUUCACGUCCGUGUACGCAGCCACCGUGGUCUACUCCAUCAUCGGGUUCCGAGCCACACAGCGUUACGACGAGUGCUUCGACAUGAACAUCCUGACCCUCAUGAAUGGAUUCGACCUACCUGAAGGCAACGUGACCCAGGACAACUUCGCGGAGAUGCAGAAGUGGUACAAUGACACCGACCCCAUGGCCUACGGACAGCUGACAUUCCAGACCUGUGACAUGAACUCCUUCCUCUCAGAGGGCGUGGAGGGCACAGGGCUGGCCUUCAUCGUCUUCACUGAGGCCAUCACCAAGAUGCCGGUGGCCCCGCUGUGGUCCGUGCUUUUCUUCAUCAUGCUCUUCUGCCUGGGCCUGUCGUCCAUGUUUGGGAACAUGGAGGGUGUGGUUGUGCCCCUGCAGGACCUCAAGAUCAUCCCCCCCAAGUGGCCCAAGGAGCUGCUCACAGGUCUGAUCUGCCUGGGGACCUACCUCAUCGCCUUCAUCUUCACCCUAAACUCGGGCCAGUACUGGCUCUCCUUGCUGGACAGCUAUGCUGGCUCCAUCCCACUGCUUAUCAUCGCCUUCUUUGAGAUGUUCUCUGUCGUCUACGUGUACGGCGUGGACAGGUUUAAUAAGGACAUUGAGUUCAUGAUCGGCCACAAGCCUAACAUCUUCUGGCAAAUCAUGUGGAGAAUGGUCAGUCCACUGCUCAUGUUGGUCAUCUUCCUGUUCUUCUUCGUGGUCAAGGUUAAUGAGGAGUUGAUAUACAGUGUCUGGGACCCAGACUAUGCGGAAUUUCCCAAAUCGCAGAAAACAACGUACCCCAACUGGGUGUACGCCGUGGUGGUGAUCGUGGCCGGGACCCCCUGCCUCAUCAUCCCUGGCUUCGCCGUCUAUAAACUCAUCCGGAACCGCUGCCAGAGGCACGGGGACCAGCAGGGCUUGGUUAGCACCCUGUCAUCACCCUCAGUGAACGGAGACCUCAAGUACUGA